AUGUCCGUCUUCAAAGAGGGUCGGACUCAUUUCGUAGAGCACCGCUGAGCUCCCCAGUUCUCAGUUAGAGAGAAACAAACUACGAGCCAUUUCAAAACGUGUCACAGUUUUAAAAUUGAUGUGUGAAAUUUGUUGAACAGGGAGAUGGCGCUGCGUGCCUGUGGCUUCAUAGUGUUUCGUCGUCCAGCCAGUUGUGCCCCUCCACCAGACAACAUUGAGUACCUCCUUUUGCAGACCUCUUAUGGGAAGCACCACUGGACCCCACCCAAAGGUCAUGUGGAUCCAGGUGAGGAUGACAUCACCACAGCUCUGAGGGAGACCAAAGAGGAGGCGGGGCUUGGGGCAGAGCAACUGCAGGUGAUUGAUGGCUUUGUGCAGGAGCUGCAAUAUGAGGUGCAAGGCAGACCCAAAGAGGUGCUGUACUGGAUGGCCGAGCUCAGAGACCCGGGGACAGCGGUCACUUUGUCUUCCGAGCACCAGGACUACCGCUGGGCCCGGCUGGAGGAAGCUUGCACUCUGGCUGAGUACAAAGACCUGCAGGACACACUGAGAGCAGCACACAGACACCUGGAGGCUCAGCGGGACAAACAGCGAUGAACCAGAAUGAAGAUUGCUGCAGCUUGCUUUCAAUGUGAUAGUGUGUCUGCAAUUUAUGCUGUAAGGUUCGUAUACUGUUGAAGUUAAAUCUGCUGGACUGUAUAAUGUAAGGCUGAGUUGAUUCCCUUUAUUUA